AUGGCCAAGGCUUUCCAAGCAAACGUCAAGUCCGUCUUGAGCGGUGACACGCUGGUCCUGACAAGCACCAACAACCCGAAUCUGGAGCGCAUCUUUUCGCUUGCCUAUGUCAGUGCCCCUCGCUUGAGCAAGGACGGCGACGAGCCCUUCGCCUUCCAGUCUCGCGAGUUCCUUCGAGCUCUUGCUGUUGGAAAGCUAGUCCAGUGUACUGUUCUCUACACUGUGCCCUCCUCGCAACGGGACUACGGUACUGUGCUCAUCAAGGACGGACCUGUCAUCCCGGAUGCUCUCGUCAAGGCUGGCUGGGUCAAGGUCCGUGAAGAUGCCGGGAGAAAGGAGGACAAUGAGGAGCUCCUCCAGAAGCUUGACAACCUUCGUGACCUGGAGGGCCAGGCCAAGACCGAAGGCAAGGGUCUCUGGGCCGGCACAGGAGGCGUCGUCGAGGUCCAGAACGAUCUGGGCGGUCCGGGAUUCAUGCAGGAGUGGAAGGGCAAGACCGUUGACGGAAUCGUCGAGAGGGUGUUCAGCGGCGACCGUCUGCUUGUACGACUGCUUCUCUCUGACAAGAAGCACGCCCAAGUCAUGACCCUCGUUGCUGGCAUCCGCACUCCUGCUACCGAGAGGGUAAAUCAGUCCACCGGCCAGACCCAGGCUGGAGAGGAAUUCGGCAAGGAGGCCCAGAAGUACGUUGAGCAGCGGUUACUGCAGCGAGUCGUCAAGGUGCACAUCCUUGGAACGAGCCCUCAAGGCCAGCUCAUCGCAACCGUCCUUCACCCUCGGGGCAACAUUGCGGAAUUCCUCCUCCAGGAUGGCCUGGCGCGCUGCAAUGACUUCCACUCCACUAUGGUGGGCGAUAGGAUGCCCUCCCUGCGUGCUGCGGAGAAGAAGGCCCAGGAUGCCAAGCUGCGGCUGCACAGGCACCACGUCGCCAAGGCUGCGACCGAGAGCAAUCUCGAUAUGACUGUCUCCAAGAUUGUUGGAGCCGAUGCUAUUCUUGUCCGGAACAAGGCUGGUGUUGAGAAGCGAGUUAAUCUGAGCAGUGUCCGCGGCCCCAGAGCAGGCGAGCAAGCCGAGGCCCCCUUCAGGGACGAGGCCAAAGAAUUCCUCCGCAAGAAGUUGAUUGGCAAGCAUGUGCGCGUCAACAUCGACGGCUCAAAGCCUGCGAGUGACGAUUUCGAAGCGCGUGACGUGGCGACCGUCACUCAGAACGGCAAGAAUGUCGGCCUCAUGCUGGUUCAGGAGGGUUACUGCUCUGUGAUCCGCCAUCGUAAGGAUGAUACCGACAGGGCCCCCAACUAUGAUGAGCUGCUCGCCGCACAAGAGACUGCCAAGGAAGAGAAGAAGGGCAUGUGGUCCGGCAAGGCGCCCAAGAUCAGGCAGUAUGCCGAUGUGUCCGAGUCUGUUCAGAAGGCCAAGAUCCAGGCUUCGACGUUGCAGAGACAGAAGAAGGUCCCGGGCAUUGUCGACUUCUGCAAGUCUGGAUCCCGCUUCACCAUUCUGAUUCCUCGCGAGGGUGUCAAGCUCACUCUUGUUCUUGCCGGUAUCCGUGCUCCCCGCGCGCCUGGCCGAUCAGCACAGGACAAGGGUGAGCCCUUCGGCCAGGAGGCCCUGGAUCUGGCCAACAGGAGAUGUAACCAGCGAGACUGCGAGAUCGAUGUCCAUGACGUCGACAAGGUCGGUGGCUUCAUCGGCGAGCUGUUCAUCAACCGCGAGAGCUUCGGCAAGAUCCUCGUCGAAGAGGGUCUGGCAUCAGUCCACCAGUACUCUGCAGAGAAGUCGGGCAAUGCCGCCGAGCUGAACGCUGCCGAGAAGCGGGCAAAGGAGGGGAGAAAGGGCAUGUGGCACGACUGGGAUCCUUCUCAGGACCAGGUGGAGGAGGAAGAGGCUGCUCCGGCUCAGUCCGCAUUCGAGGCGACUACUACCAUCGAGAAGCGACCCGAGGACUACCGCGACAUCGUCAUCACUAACAUUGAUGCGACCGGCAAGCUGAAGAUCCAGGAGGUGGGCAAGGGCACGGCGGCCCUCGAGACCAUGAUGACCGAGUUCAGCAAGUUCCACCUCGACCCCAAGAACAACGUGGCGAUCAAGGACAACCCCAAGGCCGGCGACUUUGUCGCCUCGAGGUUCAGCGCCGACAAGCAGUGGUACCGCGCGCGCAUCCGGUCCAACGACCGCGCCGCCAAGAAGGCCGAGGUCGUCUACAUCGACUACGGCAACAGCGAGACGAUGCCCUGGUCCCAGCUGCGCCCGCUCGAGUCGCAGUUCAGCACGCAGCGCCUCAAGCCGCAGGCCACCGACGCCGUGCUGUCGUUCGUGCAGCUGCCGACCUCGGACAUGUACCUGCAGGACGCGGUCAGCUUCAUCGCCGACCUAACCGAGGGCCGCAACCUCGUCGGCUGCUUCGACUUUGUCGACACCAAGGACAACGUGAGCUACAUCACCAUCUUCGACCCCAAGGCCUCGAGCGACGGCCCGGCGCGCGACGAGUCGGUCAACCGCGAGGUGCUGCGCGCAGGCCACGCCAUGGUGCCGCGCAAGCUGCGCGCCUGGGAGCGCAGCAAGGUGUUUGAGUCGCACCUCGCGUCGCUGCGCGAGGCCGAGAAGGAGGCCAAGGAGGCGCGCAAGGGCAUGUGGGAGUACGGCGACAUCACCGAGGACUAG